AUGAGAGAGCCGACUAAUCAGAAUACUCCAUUACUUUUAAAGCCUACAGGAGUACCUGUAUUCACUCCAGUGAACAAUUUUAAAACAAGUUCAAAAGAUUUUCAGUAAUUUAAAGAUAAAUUUUAUCUUUGUAGAACUUAAAACCUAGAUGGCUAAUCUACAAUUGAUACUACUAAUGGGAAAAGUCACACUGAAGAGCGUUUGGUAAAGGCGAAAUCCUUCGUUAUUGGCAAAAAAGUAGAGAACUAAACAGGAAUUAAUUUGAUUGAUCUUGAUAGUAUGAGUCUACCUCAUGAAAAGCAAUUUCCAGUCAAAGUACUAUAUGUCAAGCCAAGUCAUGAAUAUAAAAGUCUUUAAUCAAAAUAAAACGCCAAAGAUGAUAUCACUGUAAAGAGAAACAUUCCUUAAAAUAACAAUAAGGAGAACGCUUAGUAAAAUUCAUUAAAUCAAGUGAAUCUCUAGCUGCUUGACUAUGAGCCUAAGGAACUACCUAUAUAAAAGAAUUUCCCCAAAUUGAAUGGAGUUGGUGAUCUUUAGAAAAUAAAAGAAGCAAAGAAUAGACCUAAGUCAGCCACAGCUCAACAAAUAAAGAAAGAUCAAAUAAAGCAUAGUAAACUAGGACCUAAUACAUCUGUUAAGCCCCAGAUUUCAUAUGUCAAUAAAGUAUAGUAAUAGCAGAGGCCAUAAACAGCUAAAGCUUAGAUUUUAGAUAAGGAUAAGCUAUAGUCUAAGCCAAAUGAGUAAAAACCGUCUCAAAUAAAGCCAGCUAAUAGAUUUGAAGAUAAAAUAAUAUCUCCAUAGAGAGUAGAUGUUGAUAUUCCAUUUACUUAAAACAGAUUCUAAGGCAAAUUUUAAAAUUUGACCAAAGAUUUAAUAAAAAAAGCUUAGGAGGCAUUGAUGGAAGAGAAAAAGUAAGUUCAGAAAUAGAAGGAUGAAAUCUAGCUUAAAAAAGAGAAAUAGAAAUAGAUCACUGAGGAAGUAAAGAAAAAGAAUAUGGAAUUGGUUCUGAAGUAAAAAGAAAAAGGGGUUGAAAGAGUAGACUUCCGAAAAAAAGAGCAAGAGAUGAAAGAGCAAUAGAAAAAGAAUGAAAACAGAUAGGAUAGAGAAAAAUAAAAAGAAUUAAGGAAGAAAAGAUAAGAAGAAGGUAGAAAAAUUUUAGGACUCGAGAUACAUGAUGAAGCAAAGCUUGAAGAUUAUCGUAAAAAGGUCAAAGAUACUCUUAAAGAGGAAGAAUAGAAGGAAUAAAAAAAAGUAUAAAAGUAAGCAAAACCUCAAGUGGAUCACCUGAAAUAGCAAAAACUAUAGAGUGACAAGCCAAUCAUGCUUCACUUAAAUCAUUAGAACAAGGACUUGAAUCAAAUUAUGAAAGAAGGUAAGGAGAUAGAUGAAGAGGAGGAAACUAGAUAGCAUAUUGAUAAGGAAAAACUGUUGAAAGAGCAAAAACGAAAAAGAAAGCUAAUGAUGCUUGAAUAAUAGUAAAAGAUGGAGGAGGAAAAGAGAAGAAAGGAAGAGAACAUGAAGGUAUUACAAGAAAAUACCAGGAAAAUGAUUGAGGACUAAGCUAGAAAAAAUGAGAUGAAGAAAAAAAUCAUGGAAGAAAGAGAAAAAUUACAGAAGGAAAUGGAUGAUAUUCAUGAAUAGACUAAGAAAAAAACAAAAAAGAAGAAGACUAAGCAACAUUCGAGUUCUCAUAAAGAGUAAUUGGAUGAGCUAAGAAACUGGAUUGAGGAAUAAAUGCAAAGAGAAGAUGAAAGCUAGAUUAACCUUAACUAGUCAAUAAAUCUUAAUCAAUCACAGGAAUAACCAUAGAAAAUUAUGGUAAAGAUUGACCGAAAGGAAUAAAAUAAGAAAGCAAGGCCUUAAUCUUAGCAAAUGAGUGCAUAGUAUGAUCAUUUGCAAGAUGUAAUAAUUGAGGAAGAAUCGUAGAUGUUUAACGAAAGAAAAAUAGUUAAGGUUAACAAAUUAAAGAAGUUAAAGUAUGAUUUGCCAGGAAAUAAUGAUAUUCCAUUUAUGGAGGAGUAGAAGUUUGGAGCAAGAGAUAACAGAUAUGGAUUAUAUGGAGACAAUGGAUAUGGUGACUUAGUUGAGAUAAAACGUAGAUAAAUUGAAGAGCCUCCUAAAUAAGUCUUAAAGCAAAAGGAUGAUAGUCUUGAAAGGAAAAAUGAAAUUCGACUAAGCAAAGAAGGGCUAGUAUAGAUGAUAAGUAAGAUCUAAGAAUAUUAAAAGCUAAAGGAACAAUAGCUAUUUAAAGAUUAGAUAGAACAUCCUGAAAAGUACUCUAAUGAAGAAAAUUAGAAUAACAGAAUGAUUCUUAUUCAACAUCAGAAUAACUAAAAGGCUUCAAAUUAAUCAGUUCCAGGUGUUCUUAAUGUUGAGCUUGAAGUUUAAAAGCAGAAGAUUGAAUAGUAAAAGAAGGAAUUAUCAGCUACAAUCGUAAUUCAAAAAUGGUCUAGAGGUUUCCUAGCUAGAUAAUAUGUUAGCAACAAACGUGAGAACUACAGAAAAGAUAUAGAAGCAGAAUAUGGUUACUUUGAAAAUUAAGUCAAGUUUAAUACCGACUACAAUCUGCAAAAGUUUUUGAAGGAAAAGCAAAAGCUAAGAGAGGUAAACAAGACUAAAAUGGUAGAUAGCAUGUCUAUCUAGGAGAAAAUUGGUGACUCUAGCACAUCUUAAUCAAAGCCUAUAAGAGGCAAGUCAGCACCACAAAACUAUCAACCUGUUUAAGUUCAAAAUUUCUUCAGAGAAAGAAGUGAUAAGGAUCCUUUAUCUUUGAUUGAGAUUUAUGCUAGAAAGCAUGCUCCUAAAAUAGUACCUUCAGUAGUUAAAUCGCCAGUCAAAUAAGAAAAGUCACAGUCAUAAAACUAAAAGUAAAAAGUGAUCAAAUAAUCUUCAUCAGACAUAGAUGAAGAUAUCUAUACUGAAUCUUUUGAGUAAGAAGAGGAAAAAUCAAUAAAAACUGAUACAAUUGAUGAGGACUUCAUAGAGAUAUCUAAGGGCAUGAGUAGUGGUAGUAUUAAAGAUAUAAGACCUUAGAAGUAAGCUUUUCCCUACAAACAGUCUACAUCAAUCAUUGAGGAAUCAAUCUAGGAAGAUUACAUCAUGUCAGUGAAUAAUGGUCAUAGCAGAAACUUCAAGAGUCCAAAUAAGAAAGACGACAGCAUAAUUGAAGAUAGUAUGCUUCACCAAUAAAUGUCAAUUAGCAAGUCAAGUCAUUAGAAAAAGAGCAGCAUGAGAGAGGACAGCAUUCAAGAGGAGAUAGAUAAGGAUGGCUCAGAGUCUCAGUCUGGAAGUAACAACAACCGAUUCAAGAUUAAUCUUGAGAAGCAAAAACAGCAAACUCAAAUGCAGAAGUAGGUUGCAGAUUUCGAAGUUAAGAUGUAAGAGGAUUAAAGCAAGCGAAAGAGACUUGUAAAUGAACUUCUAGAUGAAAUGAAAAGAUACGAGCAAGCCUCAGUAUCUACAGUAGUGGUUGAAAGAAUGGAAAAAAUAAUCAAUAGCAGUUUGGCUUAAAAAGAUAGAAUUUUAAUGGGGUAAAGACUUCAUGAGUUAGAGCAAGAAAAGAAUCAUAAGGAUGAAAUCAAUAAGAUCAGAGAAGAGUAAAUUAGGCUUUUAUCACAGUUAGUUUUACUUGGCCCAAAUGGUGUUGGUGGAGCUGCACCAAAUGAAGAAGAGAAAAAGAAAAUUAUGGAAAAUAUCCAGAAAAUCAUUGAAAAACCAAUAGUCAUAAAUCAUGUUGAAGAAUCAGUUGCUAAGAAAGGUAAAAAGCCAAAGAUUACAGUUGAAUCUUCAAGCAGCAGAGAUGAAUAUGCAUCUGAUUACAUUGAGGAAUCUAAGGGAUUAUCUUAAAGAGGGAAAAGUGCAGAUGAUGACAGCAUUGAGGAAUCAAUUCAUUAGGAUGGCCAUGAAGACUCAAUAGAAGAGGAAAUUCCUGAGGGAUCCAACGGUGAAAUGACAGAAGAUGAAAUCAAAGAAAGCAUAUACACAGAAGGUAAGAAAGCUCAAGAUGAUAAGAAGAGGCUAAGUGCUAAGCAAUCUAAAUCAGGCACAGCUGACAACGGACUGUAGAAAAUGAGAAUGGCUUUGGGUAGUGAGGAAGCCAUCAGGAAGCAAAGUAAAAAUGCUUUAAAGAGAAGUAUGGGUGAGGAUCAUAAUGAACUGAGACACAGCGGUAUAUUUGAAAAGAAUUCUUUCUAGGAUUUCACUAACAAUAAGUUCAAACAGCUCUUAUUUGAUCAAGAUGCACUAAAUGAUGUGCUUGUCGAAUUUGAAAGAGCUAUUGAGGAAAAGAAAAUUGAGAAGGAGGCAAGAAACAAAAAGAAGCUAAAGAGAAACGAAAUAUCUCCAAGAACUUUCAAGAAGAGGUCCCAAGAAAUAGAGAAAUGGGUGUCAAAUGAAAAGCAUGAAUUGCUAAAGAGAAAGCAGAGCAUGAUGCAGUCAAUGUCGGAAAUGGGGUCAAUGAUUAAAAAGCUAGAUAUGGAUAAGAAGUCGAUGAUAGAGAAGAUUGGUUCACCAAGACCUCACAAAAGACUUGGAGAUAGCUAAUCAUCUAUAGAUAUGAAUGAUGACCUAGAAGAGGAAUCAAAUGAAUCACUUAGAAUGAGACAGGCAAGAGAUUAGAUUAAAAGUCUCAACAGAGACUUUGACAGAGAAGACCCAGAAAGCAGAUCAAUAGAAAAGAAGAAAAGAGCUGCUUAAAAGCUAUUGGCUGAGAAGGAAAAAGCAAUCGAGGAAGGUCUAAAAACCAAACUGAAAAAGAUUGAAUCACAGUAAGCAGAUAAGAUGCUUGAUCUGGCUUUGAAUUUGGACAUUGAUAAAGAAAUUGAAAAGAGAAUUCAUGGAGCAAUUAGACAAAUCGAGGAAAGCUCUGAUAACUACAAUGAAUAUAGUGCAAGGUCAUAUAGUUAGAGUAUAGGGCCUGUAUCAUAAUCUAAUAAUGAUGAUUAAAAGAAAAAGAAGAAUGUCAAGUUUGCCAGUCCUGAAAGAUAUUCCUCAGCUCAUUCACAUGAGCAAAGUAUGUCUGGUGGAGCUAGUAGCAGAUAUAGAUCGAGUCAUAGAAUAGAAGAUAGUAUAGGUGAAAGCAUUAAGAUUGAAGACUCUUAUAACAAUGUUUCAGAAUAUAACAGCAAAGUGCUAGAGUCAAGUAAGAGAUCCCAAUCAAGAGAUAAAAUCUAAGAUUCUAUUAAAGAAUCUAUCCCUGAAGAUAACGAAAAAGAAAGUGAUGCCUAUUCGGAUGAUUUCAUUCAGAGUUAGAUCAGUGAUGCUAAAUCGAUUAAGAAUACUUUGGAGUAAAGUAGAAACAAACUUUAGGAUAAAGCAAAUCACAAAAAUGAUAAAGCUCCUUCAGCAUAAGAAGAUGACAUUGACUAUUCAAUGAACUUUGAUGAAAGCAUCGGUCAAAGUUAGUAGCUCUCCUAAUUCUAGUCACAAAAACAUCCAGCUAUUGUAUCAGUUGAAAAGGUUGAUGAAGAGUUAGAGGAUGAAGAGGAAGAUUAACAGGAGUAGAUUAAGUCAUAGAGCUCUAAAGUCAGGGACAGUGAUUAUAUUUAAGAAGAUGACCUUGGUAGUGAAAGCUUAGGAGCAUCCUCUAAGAUGGUUUCUCACUAAGAAAUGGCGGAUUCUGCAAUGGAUUAGCAAAGUGAUGAUAAAGAAAUUCUAUAGAGUGGUAAGAGUGUUGAAUGGGUUAUAAAUCUUGAAAACCCAGAUACUUAGAGAAGUAAAAAGCCUUCUGAUGAGGAUGAUGGCUAUUCUGAAGAUUUUGAAAAGAUAGAAGAAGAUUAUUACGACUAAGAAGAGAAGAAAAGUAGUGAUUAAGAUGUUAGUGAGUCAAAGAGAGAUGACGAACUUGACGAUCUAGAAUCCUUCCCAGAUGAAAUAGCUGAAUCUAUGGAAGACUACAAUGAUAAAGUUGAUAGAAUUACUGAUGAAUUUUUGGAGUUACUUCUAAAUGAGGUGAGGGAAAACCCAGAUUUGAAGCUAGCCAAAGAGCUAGAUGAAGAGGAUUUCAAGGAUAAAUUCCCAUUCAAUCUUCAAAAAGAAGAGGAGAAAGCCCCUGAACCUCCAAAGCCAGUGCAAGCUCCCAAAGUUGAAGAGAAAAAAGCUGAGCCAAAGAGAGAAUCAUAGGAUGAUCUAAUAAGAGCUAAAUUUGAUAAAGAAAGUAAGAAGCUAGACUAAUAGCAUAAGGAAAUUGAAUAGUAUUUAGAACUAAUGAUUCAAAAUAUCGAUUAAGAUGAGCUGAUUGAGUAAUUAGAAAGACCAAUAGAAGUCGAUCCUUUGAAAAAAUUAGCUAUUAUCUUCUCAUAAGAAAAUGUAGAUGAGUCAUUUAAUAAGAUUAAUGAGAGCGGUCCAUAAUUCAUCCUUAGUCUUGAUUUCUUUAUCAGAAUCGAGGAUUAAUUUAAGCGUUUCCAGUUAGGAGGUAAAAUGCAAGACUUGACUGAAUCAGGUAGACAAUCAUACAUUUAACAUGAAAAUAUUCAUCACAAGGCAAUAUUUGAUGCAUUCAAUUAAGCUCUAGAUAUUGAAAGACCAUAUAAAGAUAAGGGUAAGCCUGCCCCAUGGAGUAAAUAAACUAGAGUAUUAAGGCCUAAAAUAACUGAGAGUGAUGUAGUAAAGAUGCUGAAAAAAGCAAAAGAUAGAGUGAUGGAUUGGUCUAAGACUAAUGCAGGCACUAGAGUCGCUCCACUUCCUCCAGCUCUUCCUGCUAAUAGUGAUUUUGAUAAUCAAUAGAACCAACCACCAAUAUAAAGCGAGGAGGACAGAAUAAAUUAGGCUCGAGAGGAAAAAUUAGGAGUUCUGAUGAUGAAGGAGUUAGUGGAAAAUGAGAAUAAAUGGAUUGACAUCGAAGAUGAGGACACUUAGGUUAAGUUUGAUCUUGCUGAUAUGGUUCUUGAAGAACUAGCUGGUGAGAUUGCUGCUAUAAUGCUAAAUAUGAGAAAGUAUUGA